CACAACAUCGCGAGUUGCUCUAUCUCCGGGAAAGUUUUGUCGGCCCACUGAGUUAGUUUACACAUGGGCAGCUAGGUGUCUUUAACUCGCUGCCUCGGUCCUAAACAUCUUCUUUUCACUGACUUUUAACAGAAUUUUCGUCACAAUGUUGAAGUCUAAAACGUUCGUCAAGAAGACGCGCUCGGGUGGAGUGAUGAAAAUAGUGCGUGAGCAUUAUUUGAGAGAAGAUAUUUGGUGCGGGAGUGAAGCGUGCACUGAGUGCAAGCAGGAGUCCACGGAGUUGCUGAAAGACGCGUGCAUUGAGAGCAACCUGUGCUCUUUUCCUCAUUAUCUGGUCCCUGACUCGAACGUGGUUCUACAUCAGAUUGACGUGUUGGAGGAUCCUGUGAUUCGUAAUGUGAUUAUCCUGCAGACUGUGCUGCAGGAAGUUCGCCACCGCAGUGCGCCAGUCUAUAAACGCCUGAAGGACAUCAUACACGAGAAAGAGAAGCACUUCUACACCUUUACCAAUGAGCACCACAGAGACACGUUUAUUGAACGUGAACCAGGGGAGAGUGCCAACGAUCGUAAUGACCGGGCAAUCCGCGUUGCAGCCAAGUGGUACAGCCAACACUUGAAGAAGUUUGAGGCCGACACAGACGGCCUGUGUGUGGUUCUUCUUACCAAUGACCAAGGGAACAAGGAGAAGGCAGAGGAGAGCGGCCUGCUGGUGUACAGAUUUGAGGAGUACAUCAAGAGUCUGAUUGCAAACCCUGAGCUUGUGGAUCGUCUGGCAUUGUCCAAUAAUGACAAGAAUGAAAUCACCAGUAGUAAGGUGUUAUUUCCAGAGCACCUGCCUCUGUCCAGGAUUCAAUCAGGAAUUAAGAGCGGCUCCUUCCUGCAGGGAACCUUUAGAGCGAGCAGGGACAACUAUCUCGAAGCAACUGUCUUUGUUCAGGGAGAGGGGGAAGACAGCACAGAGGUUCUCAUCCAGGGUCUUCAGAACCUCAACAGAGCAGUGCACCAAGAUGUGGUUGCUGUGCAGCUUUUGCCACGGAAUCAGUGGGUGGCGCCCUCCUCAGUCGUGCUGCAGGAUGAAGGUGCAGCAAAAGAUGACGCCGUUGAAGAAGGGGAGGAGGAAAAAGCUUUAAAGAUUUCAGCAGCUGAAGCAGCCAGGAAACCUACAGGGAAAGUGGUGGGAGUCAUCAAAAGGAACUGGAGGCCUUUUUGUGGCAUGCUCAAUAUAUCCCAAAUUAAGGAAUCAACCCGCCAUCUCUUCACCCCAGCAGACCGCCGAAUCCCACGCAUUCGCAUUGAAACACGCCAGGCCUCAACACUGGCAGGUCAAAGGAUCAUGGUGGCCAUUGACGGCUGGCCCAAAUCCUCCAGAUAUCCAAACGGCCACUUUGUGCGAAGCCUGGGUGGUGCAGGGGAGAAGGACACGGAGCAGGAGGUGCUGCUACUAGAGCAUGAUGUCCCCCAUCAGGCUUUCUCUCAGGCUGUGCUAAGUUUCCUCCCCAAGACGCCUUGGGCCAUUACUCCAGAGGACAUGGCGAAGAGGGAAGACCUGAGGCAUCUGACAGUGUGCAGCGUUGAUCCUCCAGGAUGUACAGAUAUAGACGACGCCCUGCACUGCAGAGAGCUGGAAAAUGGAAACCUAGAGGUGGGGGUCCACAUCGCUGAUGUCACUCACUUUAUCAGACCUGGCAACGCUCUGGACAAAGAAGCUGCCAACCGUGGCACCACUGUCUACUUGUGUGGCAAGAGGAUAGACAUGGUUCCUGAGUUGCUCAGCUCCAAUCUUUGUUCUCUGCGCUCCAACGUGGAGAGGCUCGCUUUCUCAUGUAUCUGGGAAAUGAACCAGAAAGCUGAAAUACUAAAGACGCGGUUCACAAAAAGUGUCAUUAACUCUAAGGCGUCUCUGACGUACGCCGAGGCCCAGAUGAGAAUCGACGACGUCACCAAGAAUGACGAGACUACCAAGAGCCUGCGGGGUCUGAACAAACUAGCCAAAAUCCUGAAGAGGGGGAGGAUAGAGAAAGGUGCGCUGACGCUGUCGUCCUUAGAGGUCCGCUUCCACAUAGACAGCGAAACCCACGACCCCAUUGACCUCCAGACCAAAGAACUCAUGGAGACAAACUCUAUGGUGGAGGAGUUCAUGUUGCUUGCCAACAUUUCGGUUGCCCAGAAGAUUUAUGAUGAAUUUCCAGAGUGUGCUAUGCUGAGAAAACAUCCAGCGCCGCCUCCGUCCAAUUACGACAUUCUCCUCAAGGCUGCAAAGUCCAAAGAUGUGGAGAUCCACACGGACUCUGCCAAGGCACUGGCCGACUCCCUGGACGUGGCCAAAGUGGACGGAUUCCCGUACUUUAACACGCUCCUGCGAAUCUUGGCCACUCGCUGCAUGAUGCAGGCUGUCUAUUUCUGUUCUGGCAUGGACAGCGAUUUCCACCACUACGGCCUCGCCUCACCCAUUUAUACACAUUUCACCUCACCUAUCAGGAGGUACGCUGAUAUAAUAGUGCACCGCCUGCUGGCAGUGGCCAUAGGUGCAGACAGCACGUACCCAGAUUUGAUGGACAAACACAAGCAGUCGGCUCUCAGCAACAACCUCAACUACAGACAUAAAAUGUCUCAGUACGCUCAGAGGGCGUCCGUGGCCUUCCACACACAGUUGUUCUUCAAGAACCGAGGAAUCCUUAACGAAGAGGGAUUUGUUCUCUUUGUGAGGAAGAACGCGAUCAUUGUGCUCAUCCCAAAGUUCGGCCUGGAAGGAACGGUCUUCUUUGACAGCAAAGACAAAACCGGCCCGAACCUUGUUUUUGACGAAGAGGGCCCUACUCUGAGCGUAGAACAACACGCCUUCCACAUAUUUGACAAGGUGAAGGUCACCAUCAGCUUAGACGCCUCCAAUAUUCAGCACCAGAAGAUCCGCAUGUCGCUGAUUGACCCUGUGAUCCCUGGUGUGAGUGUUCCAGCCCCAGAUGUUGAACCACUGGCUAAAAAACCAAGAAUCGACAGCUGAUCCUUCAGCACAAUACUUCAUACGAGUCUAUACAAGAGGAAGGUCUAACCUUGUGAUGCAUUGACAGAAAUAACGUUUUAAAUGUAUAAAACCACAAUUAUGUGGUAUGUUUGAUUUAAUCCACAUGUUGAUGUUUGGAACAGUUGAAUGUCACACUGUAAAUG